ACUUUCAUCCCCAAUCCCAAAACCAUACUACGCCCUCCCGCCGCGCCAUGCUCCACUGCGGCCUCUCCAAGUCUCACCCCGUCCCGCUCCUCGCGGCGGCGCCCUCGCCUCGCCACACUCUCCUCGCCGGCCUCCUACGCGCCGGCUACCUCUCCAAGUCCCCGGCAUCCUCACCCGCGCCUCGUCCGACCCGCACCGCCGCCACCACCCGUGCGAGCAGCAGGGCCGUGGCUUCCCCGGGAGACCCCUCCCGCUUCGGGUUGGGAUCUAGGGUUUCGUUCUCCACCGCAUCAGAUGGGUCCCCGUCGGCCGGUGGCGGGAGGGCGCUUCCUUGGCUUGCCGCGGAGAAUAGCGACAGCGGCGCCCUCGCUGCGCGGACUAGCGUCGGCGGCUCCUCCUCAUGGGAGACCUCCGCGGAAAAGUUCUUCUCCAGGGACGACCAAUACACGCGAAGAGAGGUGCUGGAAGACAAGAUUUCGAGCAAGGGGGAAGUAAUUAGAGAGGAGGAAAAUGAGCCAAUUGACAAUCCCAACUGGGGCAGGAUUAAGGACAGGUACCGACGAGUCGUGGGGAGGGAUGUAGGGUCCCGUGGUGAGAGGUUUAGGAGGGAGAGGUUUGACAAGCCGGAUGUGAAGCAGUGGAACAAGCAGGAGAAUUGGGGGAGGAAGACCUGGAAGGAGGCAGGGGAAUCGAUGGUGCCAAAGAUGGCGGGACAAGGGGUUUACGGCGUUGGGCCGGUCUUUGCAGCACUCAUGGCUGGGAGGAGGGAGUUUUAUGCAUUGUAUAUGCAGGUAGGUAUGGAUUUGAGUGGUAGCAACAAGAAGAAGAAGGAUAAGAAGGCAGUUGAGAAACUGCUACGGAUGGCUGAGAAGAUCGGGCUUAAGGUUAUCGAGGCAUCAAAGCAUGACCUUAACAUGGUGGUGGAUAACCGGCCACACCAAGGCCUGGUGCUUGAUGCAUCGCCCUUGGAAAUGGUGAAUACUAAGGAGUUGGAGCAAGUCAGGGUGGAUGGUGGAAAGGCGCCGGUUUGGAUAGCCUUAGAUGAGGUUAUGGAUCCUCAGAAUUUAGGAGCCAUAAUUAGAUCUGCCUACUACUUUGGUGCUACAGGGGUCGUGUUGUGUGCUAAGAACUCAGCUCCAUUAAGUGGAGUAGUGAGCAAAGCUAGUGCAGGCUCGCUUGAGUUGAUUGAACUGCUUUCCUGCAGAAACAUGAUGCAGUUCUUAUCUUCAUCAGCUGAAAAUGGGUGGCGAGUUCUUGGCGGUACCAUUGCUCACAAAGCUGUACCUCUCUCUGAAGUGGCAACAGGGGUGCCAACUAUUCUUGUGCUGGGAAGUGAAGGCACUGGUUUGAGACCCCUGGUUGAGCGAUCCUGCACACAUCUGGUUAAGAUUCCUGGAAAUGUUGAUGAAUUUGUCGUAGGAGCAGAUGCAGACACAGAUGCAGGGGAAGAAAGUGAUAAUUAUUCUGUUUAUCAAGAUUCGUCAUCGUUCCUUGCGGUGGAGAGUUUGAAUGUAAGUGUCGCGGCAGGAGUUUUGCUUUAUCAUCUGGCUGGGAAAGAUGCCUGCUCUGUAAGUGAUAAUCCUAGAAUCACUCUUAUGUAAGGACAUUUUGUGAUUCAUGCAAAUCAUAGUUAUCGCGGUCGCUCAUUUAGUA